AUGAGGACGAGGAGGAGAAGGGCGCUGAGGCUGCCCCAACAUCGCAGCGUGAGGAGGUGCAGGAGCACCAGCUGCUGCAGGCAGGUCAGUGGCCGGGCUGGGCCGCAGGGCGAGUGGCUGCAGCCGGCUGGGACCAUCCCCGUGGACAUCCCCAGGGAAAGAGGGGACGAGGGGACAGGGCUGUUCCCCACGCUGGGCUCUGGCCAUGCUCCAUCCACGGGCACUCCCAGCCCCAUCCUGCGGCCAGAGAAACAGGGGUCAGUGUCCCCACCAGCCCCUGUCACGGGGCUCGGCUGUGUUCUCCAGCCUCUCCCGCAGCCCCUCAGCUCUGCCCACACUUGGUCUUUGCCAGAUCCCAACUGGGAGCUGCCAGAAGAGGAGAAGAAGCAGGAAUACACCCAUGUCCUGCACAACCCCAGAGCAAAGGUGUAUUGGGAAUCCUUCGAGCCUAAAGACCGUGAAGGUUCCACUGUCACAGUCGCUGAGGCCAUGACAGAAGCACAUUCCUACAAUGUGGAGGCUGGUGGGACUCUGCUGAAUACCCUUGUGGAAAGCGAGGUCUCCACUUUGAAGCAGGUGCCCAGGAUUGUGCGGUGCAUCCACCGGUGGUUCAUGACCAACACGGAGGAGUCAGUUGAGCACAGCCUGGACAACACCCUUGUGGAGCUCACCGACGCGCACCCCCAUGAUGUGGUGGUGGCCCUGCUGCGCUGUGCCCCAUCGUGCGACCGGUACUGGGAAACCUGCCCUGAGGGCUCAGGGCUGCCCAGCCUUUAGAGCCCAUCGGUCUGCACAGCCCGUCCCGUGCGGGCUGGCAGACAGAUAGAGACUUUCAGGACCCUCUGGCCCCUCUGUUGCCCAGCCCUGGCACGUCAGCCCCAGCGCCCGCUGCUGUGCUCCCCCUGCCCACCAAGGCACCGCUGCUCAGUCGCCUGCUGCCCGCAGGGGCAGAGCCGCUGGGUGCCUCCUGCGAGGG